CUUCCGGUGACUUUAUGUGUUGCUUAUGAGCUAUCGCUAUUUUUAUCUUGUCCGUGAAGCGCCAAAUACAAUUCUGUUUUUCUUUUUUAUGCAAUUAAUAAUUCUAAAGUAUGUCAGAACCACCGCCGAAAAAGCAACGCAUGUGGAAGUGUGGCCACUGUUUUAGAUUGAUGGGAAAGUCGUCAUUUUAUAACCACAAACAAAUGUAUUUUGAAAGACACGGUUACUGGGUUGACGACGACGGAAAGAAGAUUGGAGACGAAAGAGAUGCAUGUUCAAAGAAACUUAAAGAACAUUCUGUUCAAGUUGAUAAUGAAAUAAGUGAAGCUACCCAUGAUGUUCCACUUUUGCUAGCUGAUGACCCUAACCAGUCAUUACAUCAUUCGGAUCAACAAUGUCAGAGCAAAUGUAAAUGCCUAAAAGAAUUCCCACGUGCAGCUUUUGGAGAAAAGGCUGAUUACAGCAACUUCAAUGUUGAGACAUACCCAGAAAGAAGUGAAAGUGAACAUAAGUGUUAUGGUUUGAAAACAUUACAUGCAAAGAAUCCAACAGAGCAGUCAAACCUUGAACGAGAAUUUGGUGCACGGUGGACAAGUUUGAAUUCUUUGCAUUACUUCAAGCCUGUUCGUUUUCAUGUUGUGGACCCAAUGCAUAAUUUGCUUCUGGGUACUGCUAAACAUGUAACAAAAGUAUGGAAAGAAGCAGGAAUUAUAGAUGCAGCAAAAAUGGAUGAGAUUCAAGUACGUAUGGACAAACUUAAAGUCCCUUCAAAUAUUGGAAGAAUUCCAAACAAAAUUGCUUCUGGCUUCUCAGGCUUCACUGCUGAUCAGUGGAAAAAUUGGGUGUGUGUAUAUUCGUUAUUUUCUCUGAAAGAUGUGAUUCCCAAGGAACAUUACAAGUGUUGGCAACUGUUUGUUGAUGCUUGCAAGUUGCUUUGCACAAGAAGAAUCUCCAUGGAAGAAAUAUACAAGGGACACAAGUUAUUAAAUGACUUUUGUAAAACUUUUGCAAGACUCUAUGGAAAUAAUAAAUGCACAAUGAAUAUGCAUUUGCAUAUGCACCUAAAAGACUGCAUUUUAGAUUUUGGCCCAGUAUAUAGUUUUUGGUGCUUUUCAUACGAAAGAUUCAAUGGUAUUCUGGGGUCUUAUCCCAAAAACAACCAUUCUAUAACAGUUCAACUUAUGCGACGAUUUCUGCAAGGUCAGCAGGUGUUUGAUAUACAAUUUCCUGUACAAUACAGUGAAAUGCAGAAUAUCCUUACUGAUGAUAGAUCACGAGGAACCCUACAUCAGAUGAAAACAGCUGAACAAGGCCAUUCAGUGUACUUGAAUUGUGUAAAUCCUGAUAUUAGUCUUUGUAAUUUCACUGAAGACUGCAGUAUAGUUGUGUUGCCACCAGAGCGUGCAUAUAGCAUUGAUGAGGAUGAUGUAUCUGAACUCUCUGAGUUGUACGCAAAGAUGUAUCCAUCCAAAUCAUGCACAGUAUUGCAGCUAUCUGAGCAGUACAAGAGGGUUAAGUACUGUGACAAUAUCUAUUGCACAAGGUUUUCUAGAGGAGAGACUUCCUCUUGCAUUUAUGCCAAGUGGAUUGGUAAUGUGUCUGAGAUAAAUGCAAGUGCUCAGCCAAGACCAGGGCUUAUCACCAACUUUAUUAGGAGUGAGGUUAUAUUGACUGACUCGGAUGGCAACAGGAAGAAAGUGUCUCACAUCCUUGCUGAGGUUUCAUGGUACAAGAAACAUCCCAUGCACUCUUACUAUGGAUCACAUGUUGAAGUUUGGGGGACAGACUUUGAAUGUGUUGCCUUUGUUCCAAUACAGCGAAUAAUGGGGCACUGCAUUUCUGCUGAACACCAAAUACAAUUUCCAUAUUGUAGGUCAAAUGGUGAAAAUGUUACUGUGGUUGUACCAUCGACUCCAGUAUUUAAAUAA